GGCUCCAACCUCAUCAUCUCGGUUUGACUAGAGAAUGAGCGCACGCCUCGAAACUCUUCUUCUCGGAAGAAGAUGUCUUCUCAUCAUCAACUGACCUCUCAAAUCCUCCUCGAUUCCGCCCUCUACUGCCAGGAGGAGGAACGCUAUUGGGACGACGACACUCAUUCUGACUCCUCCUCCUCCUCCUUCACACACAUAAUCAAUUACCAUAAUGCCCCUCAGGAUGAAGACGACGACCUCAUCUCUCUACUGCACAAAGAGCAGGACCACGAACCGCCCGGGGAAAUCCGCGGCGCUGCUCCGGUGAGAGCUGAGGCGGUUGAGUGGAUGCUUAAAGUCGUUCACUACUACUCCUUCUCUGCCCUCACUGCCGUGCUUGCGGUUAACUACUUCGAUAGAUUUCAACGUAGCUUCCAAUCUGGCGGUGACAAGCCAUGGAUGGCGCAAUUAGCUGCUGUUGCUUGCGUUUCAUUGGCUGCCAAAGUGGAGGAGACUCAUGUGCCGUUGCUUUUAGAUCUCCAAGUGGUGGAGGAGACCGAUUACGUUUUCGAGUCCAAAACGAUUCAGAGAAUGGAGAUUUUAGUUCUUUCCACUCUCGAUUGGAAGAUGAAUCCGGUUACUCCGAUUUCGUUUCUCGAUUGCAUCGCCAGAAAGUUAGGCAUGUUCAGCGACACCUUUCUUCGGAGAUGUCACUGCCUUCUUCUCUCUCUACUUUCUGAUUGUAGAUUCAUGAGGUAUCCGCCCUCUGCAUUGGCCACCGCUACAAUGCUGUAUGUGAUCAGCAGCGUGGAGCCAACAAUCGGCGUCGAACAUCACGAUCAUCUCAUCGGAAUUCUCGGAAUCAACAAGGAUAAGGUGGAGAAUUGCUGCACGCUGAUACAAGAGGUGUGCAACAAGAGGAAGCUCCCCGGCAGCCCCAAAGGGGUGGUGGACGUCUACUUCAGCUCCGACGCCGGAGCAUGUCGCUAAGAAAUUCAAGUCCUGAUAAUUAAGUAAUGCAAAUUUUCCACUUCGGUUCCUUUUUAAUUUAUUUACAUGUUUUUUCUAGACUAUAGGAGUAUUAUAUAGUUGAGUUUUGGAGUAAUAUAUGUUGAAUAAAAUUUUGUACGGAAUCUCGCUACUAUCUCUGCAUUCCAAUCCAAAUGCCAACCUUCAUUCGACGCUUGUAAUUUAGGAGACAGACGUGUAUCUAUUUGGUGGAUCACAUCGGAUUUAGUCUUAUUA